AUGCUUGGCCCAAAUCCAAAAAAAGCCGCAACACCUUCUACAUCAACAACCCCUUCAUCAUCAGGCUCAGAUUCUUCUAACACAGGUGACGGUCUUAUGGUGAAAGCAAUCGAUGAUAUCUUCAAAUUUGUGGAAUCUUCAGAAAAUCCUCGAGAGUUUCGAGUAUCAAUUUCUUAUCUGGAGAUCUACAACGAACUAAUCAAAGAUUUAUUAAACCCAUCGGCAGGAUCUUUGGAAUUGCGAGAAGAUAAUAGGGGUAAUCAAACUGUUAGUGGCUUAUUGGAAAUAAAUGCCGUGAGUAGAUACGAAGUGAUUUCGUUGUUGUUGAAAGGCAAUAAGUCACGAACAGUCGAACCAACGGCUGCAAAUCAAACGUCAUCACGCUCACAUGCUUUACUGAAUAUAACAGUCACGCAUGUUACGCCACUGGGAACCAAACAAGGUCGACUUUAUCUGACUGAUUUAGCCGGAAGUGAACGAGCAAAGAAAACAAAAAAUCGUGGGAAGAGGUUACAAGAAGGCGCACAUAUCAACAAAAGUUUACUUGCUUUGGGCAAUUGCAUUAAUGCUUUGGCAGGCGGUGCUCGUUACGUCAAUUAUAGGGAUUCAAAAUUAACUCGAUUGCUAAAAGAAGCUUUAAGUGGAAAAUGCAAAACCGUCAUGAUAGCUCACGUGUCAAAAGAAGGAAAACAUCGAGAUGAAACUAAAAACACUUUGGUUUAUGCUGAACGUGCAAAUCAUAUUACAACGAGACUGCAAAAUCCUACGCUCCUGGAAGAGAAUCGAGCAUUUCCAAUGACGCAUUAUCAGAAUUUAGUGUCAGAAUUGCGAGAAGAAGUUGGUCGGUUGAAGAACAAAAUGUUAUCGGACAGACCACGUAGUGCCGCAAUUCAAAAACAAAUUAAUGAAGAUCCUGACACUCAAAAGCGAAAACAGGAGUUGAAGUAUCUUCGAGAACAAAUCGUAUUGACAUUUAAACAGCAAAUGAAAUUGAGACGAAGGUUACUUGAGUCGGAGUCACAUUUGCUUGGGUUGGAACUUGAUGCUGAACGUCAACAUAUGGUAAUUUCACAUUGGCAGGGUCGUAAAGGAAAACUUUAUGACAAACCCGGCACGUCACAAAAGCGUCGUGAUUUGAAUGACGAUGAUGAAAAGGAUGAAAAUGAUGAAGAGUCGGAUGAUUCAGAAGCCACAUCAGCGUUAAGAAAUGCGUGGGCUGAAUUGGGUGCAAUCGAACGGGAAACCAAACGAUAUCGCGAUAUCAGAACCAACACAGAAAAGGAUCUUGAGGAAUGCCGAAAACGAGGUGUUUCGCUUGAAGAUGAGCUUCCUGAUCGAAUUAGUAGCGAUGAAGAACGUGAACUUUUAUCUUUGUUAUGUCGCGUUCAUGAGCUUGAGGCGGAUAAAGUCUCAUUACAAGCUGAAAGGAUGGCAAGACAAGCGGAAUUACGUCGCAGGGAUUUGCAAUUACUUCGAGCUGAACGACAAAGAAGGCUCUGUGAAGAUAUUAUUAGCACGCAAAGAAGAAUCAUUGAAGAGGGACGUGUUGAAAUCUCGGAAGAGCUUAAGGAUUUGUAUUCAAUUUAUCAACAAGAAAUUCAUGCAAGCACCUACACUGCUGGUACAUCUCGAGCUGGAGGAAGAAUUGUUUACGACACAAAACUUCCCCCAAUUUAUAACAGAUCUCUUACAUCUGCUGACAGUUCAAGUUCAUCAGAUUGGUCACCAACACCGAAGUCAAUUUUAAAAGAUGUCGAAGGCAAUCAUCAAAACACACAAUUUGAUAUACUUAUGGGACCAGCUGUUCGAACGAGACUCCCAUCGAUUCAUAAACGUGUUUAUCCAAGUGCAAGCACAUCCAGUGACGAUUAAGAACAGAAAGUUUCUCUAAAUGUCGCUCAUAAUUUCAUUACAACGUAUAACGUUGACAUUUAUAAGUAUUAUUAUUAUUGUUGAAAUGUCUUCAGAUUUAUCAGAGUAAAAGAUUCCCAUGAAAUUCACUGACGAAAGAAAUAAUAAAAGACAAAAAUAUUAGAG